UCCACGCUUUUUAUCACCUUUACAAACAAAAACAGUUCUUAGCACAAAUAAAGCAAUAGUGGAACUGGUAACCAUCUUCUUCUCGCUCAACUCUCAACUGCUUUGCGCAAGCAUCAGAUACUUGUACGUAAUCGCAUUUCUUAUUGUACAUAUUCCUGUAUUAACCAUUUGCAUGUAAACAUACAAUCAAUCGGAAAUGGGUUUAUGUCUCUCACGGAAUUCCACCGUGAAGAAGCGGCCAACAUCCAGACGUUUAACGAAUCAAUCGGCGGCUGCCGUUAGUGGCGGCGCCGUCAACGGAAGCAACAGGUGGUCUAGGAAUAGAUCGACGAAGAGAGACGAUUCCCUUAUUCAGGAACGAGCUCUCGCCGCUGCGAUUCUGUUCCAGCAGCAGCUGCAAAACGGCAGAGGCGGAGGCGGCGCUGUUCCUUUUGAUCGUUCGACUUCGCUUCGGUAUCCGAAUUCGAACUCCAAGAAGAAUCAACCGCUGCCCCGUAGCUCUAGCUCUAGGGCGCGGUCACUUACUGAUCCUCUUCUUCAGCCUCACCAGCUUGUUAGUAACCAGGAAUUAAAAGUCGAUGAUUUAGAGACAAACCAUUUUGUCCUUGUUCAUGGUGGUGGAUUUGGGGCCUGGUGUUGGUAUAAAACCAUUGCACUCUUAGAAGAAGCUGGAUUUAAAGUUACUGCAGUUGAUUUAACUGGUUCAGGCAUACAUUCUUUUGACACAAAUAGCAUUGCAAGUCUAUCACAAUAUGUGCAGCCACUCACUGAUUUCCUUGAAAAGCUUGCUGAUGGAGAGAAGGUGAUUUUGGUGGGACAUGAUUUUGGCGGUGCAUGUAUAUCUUUUGCAAUGGAGCUCUAUUCCUUUAAAGUUUCGAAAGCUGUCUUCGUUGCUGCUGCAAUGCUCACUAGUGGACAGAGUGCCCUUGAUAUUUUCUCACAAAAGACAGAUUCAAAUGACCUAAUGAGACAGUCUCAAAUAUUUAUCUAUGCCAAUGGGAACGACAAACCACCGACCGCUAUUGAUUUGGACAAGUCACUCCUGAGAGACUUGUUAUUCAACCAUAGUCCUGCUAAGGAUGUUGCAUUAGCUUCCGUCUCAAUGAGGCCAAUUCCCUUUUCCCCAGUUUUGGAGAAGCUUUGUCUGUCUGACUCAAAGUAUGGUUCUGUCAGGCGGUUUUAUAUAGAAACAGCAGAGGAUAAUGCGAUACCAAUAGCCUUACAGCAAAGCAUGAUUAGUAAUAAUCCUCCAGAACGGGUUUUUCAUCUAAAGGGUGCUGAUCACUCGCCUUUUUUCUCCAAGCCCCAAGCCCUACAUAGAUUGUUGGUAGAAAUCUCAACGAUUCAAUCAACUUGAAGUUGGUUUGCUGAAUUUGUGCUAAGCAUUCCUGAAGUUGCACUGAUAUGUUCCAAGCACAGAGGUGUACCCAAUUCAUUGCUGGGUAGCUGCUCGUGUACAUAUGCUGUUUAUCCAAUUACAUUUUCUUUGGUAAUUUAUCCAAAUACAUUGAUUGAUUAAAAUUACUUGUGAUGGUAAGAAUUUCUUUAUGGAGGUGACACUUAGUAAUAGGAUGUUUUUAAUAUUUGAAAUUAAGAUAAUAAGGGAAAUAAACUUAUUUUUUAACUCUUAAGUGGUUUUUCACCAGUAAAGCUAAGUUAUGCCUGGGUAUCGUAUUUAAUC